UUGCGAAACCCGAAGCCGUGGCGCUGGAUCAUCUGCCGCCAAUGGCGCGACCGCAAUCGAGGAAGGUCCUGGCCAAGCGACCAAGGCGAACCGCCUCCGUGGUAGUGGAGGAGAUGAGGAUGUUGAGUUUCAUGACCCGCGACAAAAUCCAUGAACCGUUUAUUAGUGCCCGUCUUUUCCCAGCUGAAGAGAUCUAUCCGGUGCACAUCGCUGCAUACUUCGCGGAUGUCGACUUCUUGAUCGCCUCUGGGGCUGACCCAAUGCAGCAGACGUCAAUGCGACGCAGCCCAUUGGAAAUUGCAAAGGAGUUCAACACGCGUGGUUCACAUGAUCGGUUCAUCGCAAUGUUGAACCAGAUGCAAUCUACGCGUACGCAGCAGGAAGAGAUCCUUAUGCAAGAGGGACUGUAGGUGGAAAAAGUGAAAUAAAAUUAGAGAUCGCAUGCCCUUCUGUUACCUCUCGAGCGACGUAUUUUUUUAGUCGUCUUUUUGCACCACACAUUGGAAGUCCGGGACCCGGGUGCGGCAAAUUGCUGAGCAAGUUUUGCCGAGCCUGUGAAAGGGGUUCCUAUAUCCCGACUUUACAUGUGCAGUGCGCCCUUUUUUCGCGGGCCAUUUUCUCAAUAUAUGUAAAAAUGAUCUGCUCCCGAGCCCGCCCUAAAAGGCCGGGUGUUUUUUUGGCCCUGGUCAAAAGCAUCACUGGUUCGACUGGUGGUGUCAACUAU